CCCCACUCCACAUGCCAUUGCUCUACGUAUAUUUUCUCGCAGCCAUACUUUAAGAGAGCUCUCUGAUAAACGAUUUCAUGCUCCCUUGGCAUUGACAGUGACAGAGAAAGAGUCCGUGUGUGACAGGGGAGGAAAUGAAGAGAAACAGGAAGGAGGAAGAUCUCAUUGAAGUGUAUCCUCUGUAGCCUUCAACUACUUCCCUGCUUCUCCUCUCUUCAGUCAGAUGGCGCAGAAGCCGUGGAUGCGUGUGCUGGAUGCAGUGCUGCAGUGUUGCAGCUUUUUCGCUAGCCGUUAGGUCUGCUGCGCUUCUGAAGGUGUUCACCCGUGCGACGAGAUAUGACGAAGCGAAUUUACAUCGUCAGGUGGAUCGUCGACGUCCUCAUAUUCUUGACCGUAUCGGGGUUAUUGGCAGCUUCAUUUGUGGGUAAAUUGCCUCUUGGAGGUCCCUGGCAAUGGGGCUUCCAUUGCCUCGAUCCAAAACUUCAAUAUGAAUUCCAGGGAGAUUCUAUUUCUGCUCUGGCCCUCUUUCUGGGCUCAUAUAUUGGCACCCUCAUCAUUGUCAUCGGAGUGGGAUUCCUGUCGUGGCCUUCAGACAGGUCAUGGAAGAAGAGGGUGAAGGUCAGCUUCGACCGUUAUGGUUGCUUCCUCGUGGGUACCCUUUAUACCCUGGCCGUGACAGAAAUCCUUAAGGACCUCGCCGGAAUGCCUCGACCGCACUUUUUUCACACCUGCCAACCUAACGCUUCUCGCAACUGCACUUCAGGGGAAUUCAUCCGGCAUUUUGAGUGCAGAGAACCUCGAUCGAAUGACUUCCGGGAGAGGUUGAUGAUCAUGGAUUCCUACAAGUCUUUCCCUUCUGGGCACGCCAGUCUUACUGCCUCUACCGCCACUUUCAUCGUUUAUUUUGCGUGGAAGCACGUGAGACCAGAGUGGUCGAGGGUGAUGAGUCCCCUACUCGGGGUGCUGGGGGUGACCUGGGCUACAUGGGUUGGCGUCUCCAGGGUCAUGGACAGGAGGCAUCAUUGGUGGGACGUGCUCGUUGGAUCCCUCCUCGGAGUUCUCAUCACCUCCAUCAUCAUCCUGAGUCAUGGUAGACGAAAGAAGAUGAAGGGCUCCAUAUCGAAGGGCUUUGAUUUUGACAACUAUGCCUACUCCGCCAAGGAACCCUGAUGACUCAUAGACAUGGAUGGAGGAAAUCUGCCUUACUUCUAUAUAUCCAUACCUGUAUCUAUCUUCACCCUUCUCUUCCCCUCUCUCUUCAUUUUUCUUUCUUCUUAAACUCUCUCGAUAGGGAUCAGGCCUUAAGUCUUUGCAUUGCCGAAAGUUGCUACUUGUGACUGAUGUGAUAAGCUGUAAUAUGAGUGAGUUUACUUUUUGAAGAAGCAUUUCAUGGAUAUGCUUUUUUAUUAUCUCGGAGUUUUCUUGGUGACUUCAUUUUACGUUUCCGUAGUAGCAUUUCUUGGUAUGCUGUAAGUCAGCCCGAAUCUACAGCAGAAGAGGGAAAAAGGGUUUGACGCAGCGAAUCAAAAUGCCAUUUGCUGUUUUUGCUCAAAUGCAAUCGUGAAAACUGUACCUUGUGCUUAUUUGGUGCUUUAGAUCCCAACGAAUACAGAAAGGAUGUAGUAUCCCUU